AUGAUAGAACGUGAGAGCGUUGAGAUAACAGCCCCUUCCCGAGAAAGGACUGGGGUUUUAAGCCCGGGGCUUGCCGCUGUUCGAGCAGUGGACGCCUUCUCCCGGCGGAAGCCCCUGGGAGCGAUAGGCGGAGCGAUAACCCUGCUCCUCAUUCUGGUUGCCCUCCUGGCCCCGAUUAUUUCCCCUUACCCGCCCCGUGAGACCCACGGGAAGUUCGUAUAUGCUCCACCGCAGAGCGCAUUCUAUCUGGGAACCGACCAUGUGGGUCGUGAUGUGCUGAGCCGGCUGAUACACGGUGCUCGCAUCUCCCUUUACGUGGGCUUAGGCAGCGUAUUGAUCGGCAUAACGGCGGGCUUUGUCGUGGGCGUGAUCAGUACCUACAUCGGAGGGGCGCUGGACCUGGCAGUCCAGCGCGUGGUGGACGCCCUGAUGGCCUUACCCGGCCUCAUCAUCGCCCUGGCGAUCAUUGCUGUGCUGGGCCCUUCAUUGAACAACGUUAUCAUCGCCAUCGUCGUUGGGAUGAUAGCGCCGGUCGUGCGUACCGUCCGCUCCCAGGUGCUGUCCAUAAAAGAGCUAGACUACGUAACCGCAGCCAGAGCGGUGGGCGCCUCCCCAGUUGCGCAUCAUUUUCCGGCACAUCGCACCGAAUUGUUUCGCUAUCUACCUUAUUCUGGCUACUUAUUAUUUGGGGUUCGCCAUCAUCAUCGAGGCCUCGUUGAGCUUCCUCGGAGUGGGCGCACCCCCAGAUGUACCCAGUUGGGGUGCAAUGUUGACCAGGGCGGCUCAAGAGCACAUAAAAACAGCGCCGUUGGUCGCUAUAUUCCCUGGCCUGGCUAUCUUCAUAGUAGUACUGGGGUUUAA